AUGGCGGCUACGAUGUAUCAACGUGAUCCCAGAGCGGGCCUCUUCUUGGGUGGUACGAGAAGCAGUGGUGCUGAAGUGAGAGAUGCCAAUGUAACCGCUUGUCAGACCGUUUCGAAUAUCUUGAAGUCCUCGUUAGGACCUGUUGGUCUCGAUAAGAUGCUGGUGGAUAAUGUGGGAGAUGUGACUAUAACGAAUGACGGAGCUACAAUCUUGUCGUUGUUGGAAGUCGCUCAUCCAGCUGCCCGAAUCUUAGUAUCUUUAGCCACUCAACAAGAUAAAGAAGUUGGAGAUGGUACCACCUCGGUCGUAUUGCUCGCUUCUGAAUUACUUAGAAGAGCCAACGAAUUAGUCAGGAAUAAGAUACACCCAACUACCGUUAUAACCGGUUACAGACUGGCAUGUAAAGAAGCAUGUCGAUUCAUGGCCGAACAGCUUUCCACCAAAGUCGAUAAACUCGGUAAAGACUCUUUGAUCAACGUAGCUAAAACUUCCAUGAGUUCAAAGAUCCUCGCUGCAGACGAUGAUUUCUUCGCUCCUCUCGCUGUCGAUGCUAUGCUCGCUGUCAAGACUAUCAACGCCAAAGGAGAGAAGAAAUACCCCGUCAAAGCUGUGAACGUACUCAAAGCCCAUGGUAAAUCCGCAAGAGAAAGUUUCAUGGUCAAGGGUUACGCUUUGAACUGUACUGUUGCUUCUCACGCUAUGAAACUCCGAGUCACCAACGCCAAGAUAGCAUGUCUCGAUAUGAAUCUCGCCAAACAACGAAUGCAUCUCGGUGUACACAUCACAAUCGAUGAUCCCGAACAACUCGAGGCUAUCCGAGCUAGAGAAUCAGAAAUUACCUUGGAGAGAGUCCGAAAGAUCUUAGCCGCUGGAGCCAACGUCAUCUUGACCACCAAAGGAAUCGAUGAUCUAUGUUUGAAAGAAUUUGUCGAAGCUGGUGCGAUGGCCGUUCGAAGAUGUCGAAAAGAAGAUUUGAGGAGGAUUGCCAAAGCUACAGGAGCGACUUUGAUCUCUUCCUUGGCGAACCUCGAGGGUGAAGAAACGUUCGAAGCUACCUCCUUAGGAUUUGCCGAAGAAGUUUCGCAAGAGAGGAUCUCAGAUGAUGAGUUGAUUUUAGUCAAGGGAACUAAGAUUGUUAAUUCCUCGUCGAUCAUUCUCCGAGGUGCGAACGAUUACAUGUUAGAUGAGAUGGAACGAGCUCUGCACGAUGCUCUGUCAAUCGUAAAGAGGACACUGGAAAGUGGGAGUGUCGUACCGGGUGGUGGUGCGGUGGAAACUGCUUUGAGUAUUUAUCUAGAGAAUUUUGCAACUACUUUGGGUUCUCGUGAACAAUUAGCCAUAGCCGAAUUCGCUUCUGCCCUCCUAACAAUCCCCAAGACACUAGCUCUGAAUGCUGCCAAAGAUUCUACCGACCUAGUAGCGAAAUUACGAGCGUACCAUAACGCAGCUCAGAACGCUGCGUUGAACGAUCCAAAGCGAGGAUUGAUGUUUUACGGAUUAGAUUUGUUGAAUGGUGAAGUAGUUGAUAACAGACAGAACGGUGUAUUGGAACCUACAAUCUCAAAGAUAAAAUCAUUAAAAUCAGCUUUGGAAGCUUCGACAAGUUUGUUAAGGAUUGAUGAUUCCAUUCAGGUCGCUCCGGAACGUAAAGAGGAAGUUGAUCCUCAUGGUCAUUGA